CUCACCCAAUCAAAGCGAAGUGAAUCCUGGAGGCUGGAUUCAAAUACUCGGUAAUUGCACAAGCAUAUCCACUUCCAAACAAGUGAGCAGUGUGCCCAGUGUCCUAGUGUUACGAGUAUUUGAGCUGUUUACAUGAUGACAAUGGUUGACGGGAUAAGUAGCGUCACCAGCCCGGGAGGCGAUAAACAAGAACACAUCAAACGACCCAUGAAUGCUUUCAUGGUGUGGUCCCGUGCUCAGCGCCGGAAGAUCGCUCUAGAAAACCCUAAGAUGCAUAACUCGGAGAUCAGCAAGAGACUUGGGGCUGAAUGGAAACAGCUAUGUGAAGACGAAAAGCGACCUUUUAUUGACGAGGCCAAGCGGUUGAGAGAGCAACAUAUGCGGGAACACCCUGACUACAAGUAUAGACCAAGAAGAAAACCAAAACCACAGGUAAAAAAACCAGAAGUUUAUCCAUUCUCUCUGCCCUACCUCCCUGGUCAUCUAGAUCCGCGUGCUUAUAUGAGCUCCACUGCCAUGCAACAGGUAGCUGUUGGAUACUCAGAGAAACAACAGCAACUGGCAGCGGCUGCUCUGCAAGCCUCCUCUUUCUCUCCUUACCCCAUGGGUGUACCGUACAAUACACCUUUAACAUCUUCGGACUCUUCGCCUAGUUUUGCUAAGCCUACUUCCACUCCUGUGUCCCCAUCCGUCACAUACAAAACCGACUUUGCUGGACUCUCUACCAGCACAGCAGCAAGUUCCCUCUACGGGCCAGCAGGAUUCUACCCUCCAGGACUACCUUCCAUAAAUUCCCAGAUGCCAGGCAUGUCCACCGGUCAAGUUCCAGUUAGUAUAACCCAUCCAAGUCCAGCAUCGUACGCAGCUUCAGCCUACAUGUCAGCAUAUGGCUACGGACCUGCCGGAUACGGAGCUUCCAGUGAUGCGCAACGACGAAAUCUUCCCCUAUUGUUCUAGAUGUAGGUGUGUUCGUUAUAUAUAUCAUGUUAAUGUAGUGCGUGAAAUUGACCUUGUCUUUCUACCACAGUCAAACUGAUGCAAGCACGUGUAUGAUAGAAUGAACUUUCUCUUCGUUAGUUAUACAUGUAUCUUGUAUAAAUGAGAGGGCAUUAAUAUGGAUCUCCCCAAAUACGUUGCUAUUAUCCAAUAGGUAUUGACCUUAUGACCAAGCCACCAGUGCCUUGAUAAGGGUAGAUAUGUAAAUGUUAGGUUUGUAAUAAGAGUGUUAACGUGUGAGUUUAUCCUGAAUGAAAGUUAUUGCUAAUCUAAACUUACUGAACGUUUAUUAAACCCCUCAAUUCGUUUUUUAAAUCUAAGGCUGAAUUGUUUUAGUCUUUUGUUUAAUAAACACCCUCGGAAGAAUACUCUUAAAUCUUGUUAGAAGUUUUAUACUUUUAUAUAAUAAACACAUUUUAAGCAAGUCUCCCGCGGAAGGAUACUCCUAAAGAUUGUUAUAAGUUAGAGUGGUCAAUAACUGUUCAAAGUUGUGCCUUAUAAUGUAGAGGACACUUCUUUCCAAGAUGUAAGAUGAAUUGAUGGAGAUGAUAUACAGUAGCUCAGAGCACUCAUGAAUGUAUACAUUAUCGAACGCAGUUUCUAUCUGUAUAUUGUUUAUAUAUAUAUA